AUGUUCAAAAAGAAGCCAAAUAUCAAGCCGCUCUCGCCGCUAAAGUCGAGCGAUCGCCGCCGAACAGCGGACCAGAUCAUCGCCGACUUUGGCAUUGAGGUGCCAGUAAAUCCAAACGGCGACCCAGAAGACAAGGCAGCUUUCACAGUAGGGCUGACAGUAGUACGAAGAUCGCUGCUACCAGAGAACGCGCUCUCUGCCCGCUUCACAACUACAGCAGGCCCAGAUCUGAAGCAAGUGUCAGGCACAGUGUACGUUGGCAGUCACGAGGGGACAGGAGGCGAGCAGCGGAUACUUUGGGUCAAAAUUGGGCAGCAAAUGUAUCCAACAGUGUACACCCUCUGGCAGAACCCCAGGAUUGUACCGCUCCUCUACACACCGCUUUAUGUCGUCGAGAAGUUACAAGGUGGCGCAGAUCUUAUGACGCCCGGCAUACAACGAGGUCCCCCAUUCCCCAAGAAGGCUACCAAGGGCGCCGUGGUCGCCAUCGCCAGUCUCGAAGCUCCCACCGUACCCAUGUCUGUUGGCACAUGUCUGAUCGACAUAAGCUCACUAGGAAGUACACAAGGCACAAAGGGGCAUGCCGUGGAGACCUUCCACUGGGCAGGAGAUGAGCUAUGGGCCUGGAGCACCAGCAGCAAUCCAGGCCGGGACCCACCUGCUCUGAUCGAGGCGUGGGACGAGCAAGUUGAGGGGGAUGCAAGUCUGGCUGGGCGAACAGCAGCCAUCGAUAUCGGCGACAAAGAUGGAGGUGUCCCGCUUAACGCUGAUCCCACCGAGAGAUCGAAGGCCGAGGAAGCACAAGGGGUGGAUGGCGAGGAUGCGCCCAGCAAUAAGGAUUUCGUCGAUCUUAUUGACGAUGCCUUCAAGAAUGCCUUCCUAUUCGGCGUGCGGCAUCACAUGGACCAGAACAGGAACCAACCAAACUUUGGCCUCGACUUUCCGCUAUCGCAGUCGGCUGUCAUGACUUUGCUCGUACAGCCCUUCCUCCCUACUCAUACGCCCGCGCGCGCUGCGUCGCUGCAGAUCAAGAAAUCAAGUUGGAAGAAUCUCAAGAAGUUCAUCAAGUACUUAGACAAACAGAAGGUCGUCAAGUGCAAGGACAGGGAUGUCAAUGAGGUUGUCAUACUUGACAUCGACUUCAAGGACCGCCAAAUCGAGGCGUUUGUGCCCUACCGGCUACCCAAGAAGGAUGCAGCUACAAGGGCCAGCGCGAACUGCAAGCCAGCCGCACCCUUGUCUGCUGAGUCAUCAGUAGGCCAGAAGCUGAAGGUUCUCUCUCUACUAAGACCGAAAGAGAAGCUCGCCCCCAUCUUUCACGCAUCAAGAGCCGAUCCUCGCGGUUUGUACACUCCCCAGGAGCUUAAGCAGCACCUCAUUGCGUACAUUGAAUCUGAAAGCCUAGUCAAUGCGAAGAACAAGCGACUUAUUAACAUCAAUCCACAGCUUGCAGACGUGCUACUCGGCUCAUCUGCUGCAGACAACGCAGCGCUGUCUACAGGCACCAUAGCUCGGGAUGCGCUCGCGGAUCGUAUGGUGCAAGCCGCUGCACCUUUCCACGCAAUCAUUCGCAACGACGCCGAUAUCACUGAUGCAAAGCCUAAGGCUGGUGCACCACCCAAGAUUCAAAUCACGCUGGAGACUCGAAGCGGGAACAAGACCGUUACCAAGGUUCAUGGCUUGGAACCUUUCUACAUUGCACCUCAACCACUCGCCGACGAGCUGAGGAAGACUUGUGCUGGCAGUACCAGUGUCGACAAGCUGCAAGGAUCAAGUCCCAAAGCUCCAGUGAUGGAGGUCUUGGUUCAGGGACCGCAGAAGGACGCCAUCUUGAAGGCGCUUGAGAAGCGCGGUGUGAGUAAGAACUGGGUGGAGAUUGUCGAUAAGACAAAGGGCAAGAAGAAGUAG